GGACAUCCUGAUCACUGGCAUGGACACCGCGAUGACGUUCCACGCGCUCUGUGGGGAAGUGCGUGACAUGUGUGGGCUGCAUCCACAGCACCCGCUCACCCUCAAGUGGGUGGACAGCGAAGGUGACCCCUGCACCGUGUCCUCCCAGAUGGAGCUAGAGGAGGCCUUCCGCCUGGCCUGCCAGCAGAGGGACGAUGGACUCACCAUCCAUGUUUUCCCAAGCAUCCCGGAGCAGCCUGGCAUGCCUUGUCCUGGAGAAGACAAAUCCAUCUACCGCCGUGGAGCCAGAAGAUGGAGGAAACUCUACCGUGCCAACGGCCAUCUCUUCCAAGCCAAGCGCUUUAACAGGCGGGCAUACUGCGGCCAGUGCAGUGAAAGGAUAUGGGGCCUCUCGCGGCAAGGGUACAGGUGCAUCAACUGCAAGCUGCUGGUCCAUAAACGCUGCCACGUGCUCGUCCCACUGACCUGCAGAAGGCAUAUGGAUUCUGUCAUGCCUUCCCAAGAGCCUCCCACAGAUGAGAAGAGUGACGGCGUGGACCUUCCCUCCGAGGAUACCGAUGGAAUUGCUUAUAUCUCUUCAACCCGGAAACACGACAACAUUAAAGAUGAUUCCGAGGACCUUAAGCCAGUUAUCGACGGGGUCGACGGGAUCAAAAUCUCUCAGGGGCUCGGGCUGCAGGACUUUGACCUCAUCAGAGUCAUCGGGCGCGGGAGCUACGCCAAGGUCCUCUUGGUGCGGCUGAAGAAGAACGACCAGAUCUAUGCCAUGAAGGUGGUGAAGAAGGAGCUGGUGCACGAUGACGAGGACAUCGACUGGGUGCAGACGGAGAAGCACGUGUUUGAGCAGGCGUCCAGCAACCCUUUCCUGGUUGGGCUGCACUCCUGCUUCCAGACGACGAGCCGGCUGUUCCUGGUUAUCGAGUAUGUCAAUGGCGGGGACCUCAUGUUCCACAUGCAGAGGCAGAGGAAGCUUCCCGAGGAGCAUGCCAGGUUCUACGCUGCUGAGAUCUGCAUUGCACUCAACUUCCUGCAUGAGCGAGGCAUCAUCUACCGGGACCUGAAGCUGGACAAUGUACUGCUGGACUCGGAUGGGCACAUCAAGCUGACAGACUACGGCAUGUGCAAGGAAGGCCUAGGUCCUGGCGACACGACGAGCACUUUCUGUGGAACCCCAAAUUACAUCGCCCCAGAAAUCCUGCGGGGAGAGGAGUACGGGUUCAGCGUGGACUGGUGGGCACUGGGCGUCCUCAUGUUCGAGAUGAUGGCCGGCCGCUCCCCCUUCGACAUCAUCAGCGACAACCCUGACAUGAACACGGAGGAUUAUUUGUUCCAAGUGAUCCUGGAGAAGCCCAUCCGCAUUCCCCGCUUCCUGUCCGUCAAAGCCUCCCACGUCUUAAAAGGAUUUCUGAACAAGGACCCCAAAGAGAGGCUCGGCUGCCGGCUCCAGACAGGAUUUUCCGACAUCAAGUCACAUGCCUUCUUCCGCAGCAUAGACUGGGACCUGCUGGAGAAGAAGCAGGCCCUGCCGCCCUUCCAGCCACAGAUCUCAGACGACUAUGGCCUGGAUAACUUCGACACGCAGUUCACCAGUGAGCCUGUGCAGCUGACCCCGGAUGAUGAGGAUGUCAUUAAGAGGAUCGACCAGUCAGAGUUUGAAGGCUUCGAGUACAUCAACCCACUUCUGCUGUCCACUGAGGAGUCCGUGUGAGGCCGCGUGCGUCUGUCGUGGACACGCCCGUGAAUGACCCUGUAACUUUAUCCUUAAUCACAGCGUAUGCAUGCCAGGCCAGGCACGAGGCUCUGCGCAGCCAGGGAGGGACAGAGCAGCCUCUCAUGCCUGUGCCCAGAGGCCGGCUCUGCUGGAGGAAGGGCUUCCUGUGUCCGUGCCACCGGCCGUGGCGGCCCUGCCCCUGGGGGAGACUCGAGCCGUCUCCGAGGUGCGCGUUUCACAGAAGCAGGACUCGGUGCGCUGACCGCUCCUCCAGGGAAGUGAGCGUGUAAUGUCCCGAGGAAUAAAAUGUACCGAUGGUGUCACAGCUUCCCUCUGAUGCCUUUUUUCUGAGUGGCACCUGCCCAAGUCCCUGCGCAGCCACACUGAGUUGCUGAGCUCGCCAAGGCAGGCUGGAGGCGGAGGGGGGACAGGAGUCCAAGUGCCUACGGGGAUGCCGCCAAGAGGAGCCUUUACCAACGCGGUAAGUUCUGAGCGCUGGCACCACGGCAGGGCUGGCCUACACUGGGCACUCCGAGGACUGGAGAUUCCAAACAUGUCACCAAAGCAUCAAAGACCAAAAACCAACAAAAAAAGGCAAAAUAAAACAGAGAUCUAAUUGUGCACAAGUGUAUUUCUGAGAACACGAACCAGUGCCUCCAGGAUGUCUUGUGUUCUGUAUUAGAUUUUUGGAAAAAUUUUUUUUUAUACCGGGGAUCGAACUCAGGUCCUUGCGCUUGCAAGGCAGGCGG